GUACCUUUCAUUCAGUCGAAACAUUUAGUGGCGAAAUCGGAAUUGAGUGAAAAUGUGUAUGUGAUGUUGUUCUUUUACAUCGUGGCCCGUUUGGUGUAAUAUUUCGAUCUUUCCCUCCGCCACUGAUAACUUGUAUAUAUUAUCUUUGGCCUACUAGUGUAAACUUGUGUGAAAAGAUGGCGCAACCGGAAUUGUGUCUUGUCGUCAACGACGAUGUGUUUGGGUUUUCGAAAGUGGGGACAUUUUCUCUCGGCAGCGACAGCAGCUGCUCCAUGGUGGUGGAAGACCGUGCACCUAAGAAGCUAGUGGUCGUCGAAAUAAAGGAGACUACAAGUAAACGCAAAAAUAGCGCUCCUGCGGUCACGGUGACGCCCAGUUUGCCCGGUCACGGCGUCUGGUACAAUGGAAAACGGCAAGAGACGCCCUUCGUCAUCGAACUGAGCGAGACCUUCUUCUGCGGAGGGUUACCAGCGGGAGCGAAGCCGAAGAGCGACGACCCCGCUGGGCGGUACUACAAAAUCACACUCGACCUCCAGGCUAACGCGGAAGCGAAAACCGCCGUCGUCACCGGUGACGAUGACGACGCCCGGCAACUAAUACGCACGGCAAAAAUGUCUGGGUCUGGAAGGUUGGAACUUGUAAUGCUAGCUUUACAUUCCUGGAAAAUGAAAAUCUGUAUUGCAUAACCAACAAAAGUCGCAGCCUCUUCUGUCAUGCAAAGACGCAGUUUGUCAUGCGGAUUUCCUAUGAAAAAGCGUUUUGGGAAGUUGUCAUGCUGGGCUGCAUUCGGAGUGUUUUCAUCAUGGACAUUUCAGCAUCACAAGUUUCCUGACCCAGACAUAUUUGCAUUUGAUAACUAAGGGUGAGUGACGAGCUAUCCAAAACACUGCCGUUGUUGCCCGAGUUGCAGACCGCGACUGACGAUAUGGCAUUCUCAAACGUUACAUUUACAACUGUAUACAUGAUUUGUCAUGCAAAAUUACCAUCAACAUCCACACGAUGCUGCUGCUGCGCAUGACAAAUUUUUGAAGGGCUGAACAGUACUGAAAUAUGUGCCGAACAAUUUGUAAUGCUAGAGGCGCAAUCUAAAUCUAUGUCCUUUGACUUUUCGUUUUGCCAUUCUUGCAUUACAAAUUAAUGUAUACAGUUAAGAGCGUGACGUUUGAGAACCCCAUAGACGAAGAGCGAAAGGUGUACAGAGACGCGUGUCUGGAGGCCGCCCGGAGAGAGUACGAGCUGAGCUGCGCCGCAGGCCCCCAGCUCGGAAUGGCGCUCAUGGCGAUAUCAAAUGUAAAAGUGUCUGGGUCUGGAAGGAUGUAACCUGUGAUGCGCAUUUCAGAACACACAAAAAUCUCUCAUGCAUAGGUAGCAAAAGCUGCUCACUUUCUGUCACCAAAAUGGGGGAUUUGUCAUGCGGGUUCGGCAUUGCGUAAGCUUCUCGAAACCUGUGAUGCUAGCGCUCUCAUGCCAGACCUUCUGUGUCAUGCAGAAACAGCAUGACUCUUCCAGACAUAGACAUUUUUGCAUUUGAUAGACGAAGGAGGCCGACCAAAGUAAGAACCUUGCUUUCGCAACCGCGACGCACUUCGUCAGGCCGAAGCUCCAUGUCACGAAAACGGGCAAGAUGAUGCCCAUCUUCGAGGACAAGAAGCACAAUCCCGGCGCCCGCGCCGCUGAGGAUGUGGACGACGAAGAUGAGGAUGAACAAGAUGGAGAACCGCGCGCGAAGAAACGAGACAGGAAGAAAACCCCCCAGGACAGCACACUCGCCACCAGCUCGAGUGCACCGAUGGAAACCUCACCUGCGCCACCGUCUUCUAGCCCAGAGAUCGAUGUCCAUAUGAAUGUGCGAUUUUGGGAGGAAUUACACGACCCCGUUUUCCAGGUCAAAGCGCCACAAGCCUUUUUUGACAAGCUGGAAGAGUUACUCCCCCAAGUAGUCGAGAUCACGAAAGUCAUGGACUACGAUGAUUCCGACCAGGAGGAUCUGCCGAUUUCAUCUGGUACUUUUUAUCUAUCUAGGAAGGUACUUAUAGGAAGGAUGUUGAUCCCCCCUGCCAAUAUUACUUGGAACCAAAAUUUGUGAUGCUAAUUCGUGGCCGCAACUCAGCUGUGUUUUGCAGACCGGGGAAAAAACUUCGGGUGCCAUGUAGUGGUGUAUUCUUCUAGGGCCGAUCUGUCGUCAUGCGUUUCCGCUGAUGACAAAGGUGUUUGUCAUGCUAAGUUGCUAGCCGGCUGCAUCCCCAAAUAGCUCUCGAGGAUGCAGUAAAGACCUACCUUCUGGCUAGGACGGGAGUGGGGAUCUUCUGUUUAUUCAUUUUUAUUCAUUGUGUUGAUGACAUAUGUUGCAUGAUGCUACUUGCAAAUAGAAAUACCCUGUAUGUGAUUCUUGUUCUUCUAUGUUCCGCUGAGAAGGAAAAGUUAGCCCAUAGAAAGCCAUCAUUUAGAAUCGCUCCUAAAAAAUUUGAAACAGAUCAUCUGAUGAAAAACCCUUCCACGAUCUUUGGUGCCUCGAAGCUAUCUAUGCAUUGCAAAUAUGUCUGGGUCGAGAAAUACACUGUGGACUUUGUCAUGCUGUUCUGCAUGACCCAAAAGGAGCUCCGGUAUGCAAGCAAUCGCAUCACUGAUUUCGAGGAGCUCCCUCAAUGCUCCUUAAGAAUGCCUCUCCCGCAUAUAGAUGAAAUGCGAGACUUCUUUGAUGACAAGAAAUUGGCGACUUUUGCAUUCCAUGCAUGACAGAUUUUUGUCUGAUCGAAAAGAAGCAUCACACGUUUCAAUCUCCCAGUCCCAGACAUGCUUGUAAUGCAUCACCUCCACCACCACCAGGCAGAAUCUUGGGAAGGACAAGAACGUCUUCAAAUACGACGCCGGGAAGUUUGCCAAAGAUCCGAGUGCGAGUGCGUCGUCACGGUCACCCCCGAAGGACUAUCAAAUGCAAAUAUGUAUGGGUCUGGAAGAACGAAACUUGUGAUGCUGCAUUUGGAAUCCAAAAAAAUCUGUAUUGCAUGAGAGGCAAAUAACGGAAGGCAAUUUUUGCCACGCAGAGAGGGAAUUUGUCAUGCGGAAUAGGCAUCAGGAUGCUGCCCACAAAUCUGUGAUGCUAGGCCAUGCAUUACAAGCGUCAUAGAUCAUGCAAAAUAUGCAUGACAAACCUGGCAGUCUUCCAGACCCAGACAUAUUUGCAAUGCAUAAGGGCUUAAAAGGUAAAAAAGUUCGGUCAACAUCGGUAGCUGUUUGCAAAAAAGAGAUAACAAGUACCCAGUACUGUAGAAGUGAAGAUGCGAGGUAUAAGAUUAUGUUUAUGUCGCAAAAGCUGCCAACAAGCAUGAAGUGGUUAGAAUGAUGCAAUAAAAUCCAGGUCUGGCGGAUCAAGAGGCGAACGAGUUGGACGCCGAUGGCAAACUCGGGUCUCGCAUGAAAGGAAACGUGAUGCACAGCGAUAUUUUUUCCGGCGUAUCAUCCAGAAUUUUCUUUCCCCUGAUCCCAAAUCGGACUGGAAGAGGCAUGGUUCUUGUACAUGCAGCAUUCUCAUCUUGUCGACGCUUUGGAACCGUGAUAAGCCAUGAUGACUAGCACAGCAUGGGGUCUUCAGCUGUACCGAAAGAAGCUGUCCGUGUUACCAUGUACAUAGGAAUUAUGCUAGUCAGGCAACAAACGAACCGUUGAAGCCCUGACGAAAAGUUGUAGGCGCUAAGCAAGACACACGCGCUUGCAGAUGCGAAGGGGGAGGGAAAAAUCCUUCACCAUCGAUAUGCCGAAGAUUUCUCGCCGAGCCAGGAUGACAAGAAGAUAGGUGUGAACAAGCCGUCGAUUCUCUUCGGAAGGGGACCCAGCAAGACCAUCAACAUCACCGGCAGUAUUUUUGGUGACGAUCAUGAGGUAUUGAAAAUAUAUACCUUGCUUGAGGAUAUGGGAGCGAAAUUGAAGUCAUUUCACACUUUUCGAACGAAUCUUUUGUGUAGUUCAAUUCUAGUUCGAUAGUGGAGCAGCGACUUUGAUUCGAAUUCCUGAAGCGCUUACCGAACAACAUACUUUUGGUUUUAUGUAGCUCGUAGCACAUACAUCUUUUCAUUCCAGCUCAACAACGCCAACAUGGAGAGCAACGGUAACAAGCAGGACAUCACUCCCAAAGGCAGUAAGAAGGAAGUUGCGCAGGACGAGAAUGAUGUCUCCAAGAGCGUCGAUGUGAAGGGACAUGCCAAGGGAGCUGUGGCCGGCAACGUCGGGUCCGGCUAUGGGAUUCUCAAACGCUACACUCUCAACUAUUGCUGCAUGAAUUUGAAUUUGUGAUGCAAGAUCAGCAGUGGUGAAACAGGGCGGAAACUUGCAACUCUCGCACCACAAAACUGGCACAGGUUUUGCCACUGCUUCGUCCUUCUUCGAUUUGUCUUGCAAGGUAACUUGGUCGUAUGGCGGCUUAUGGUGAUUUUGCAUGACAAAUCAUGAUGUGGUGCAGUCGGGUGCGCAUGACAAAUCAUGACGUCACAGUUUAGAAUGUAACGCUUGAGAGUCCCAUAGCGGCAAGAGCAAUCUUAUCGGAUGUAAAAGCGCUGCACUGGCCAUUGAAACGCACGCGGAGCGCAAAGUAGGGCAUGGCUAUGUAGCACAAAAUGAAAACCAGGGCCAACUGCAGUCACUGCCAUGAGCAUGAGGCCUGCUGGUAUGCAUUGAGCGGCAGAAAAUCUAGGAGUGAUGAAGACACAAAACGUGGCCAUCUUUUCUGCAAAGCGGCAUCCCGUGCGCCGUACUUUUACACCGGAUAAGCACGGCGGAACAAGUGACUCUCCCCGCCGGUUCCAUCCAGGGGCAGAAAGAGUGGGAGUCGGACUCGGGACUCGCGCCCAAGAACGAUGAGCAGGAGCAGGCGCAUACGAAGGGAAAAUCUGCGGGGGCUGCGGAGGGCAGUGUACGUGCAUCAAUUUUGAGGAUGUAAAUGAUCCUAUGCACUGUUGUGCAGAGUCCAUUCGUUCAUUACCUGCACCACUUCGCAAAACUUUCGUGACGUUUGAUUUGAUGCUGUACGACGAAUUUGUGGUUUCUAACUCGAAUGCAGAUAAUAAUUUGGUAUUCCAGGUCAACAACGCCUCCAUGAAUAACAGCGGUCGCAGUAACAAGGAAGGUGUACGCACCGCAAAUAUGUCUGGGUCUGGGAGACGUGGAACCUGUGAUGCUUGUUGUGCUGCAUUUUUGUAUUUCUCUUUGUAGUGCAUGGCCAGCAAAAUAAGUACAGCCUCCUUUGUCAUGCAGAAAUGCAGCAUGUCAAGCCCACUCGGAAUGAAAAAGCUUGGUGUCAUGCUUGGUUGCACCCAGAUCUCGUUCAUCCGUCCAAAACCCAGCAUCACAAGUUUUCCAGACCUAAACAUCUUUGCAUUGCAUAAAGUGUGCCGAACAACAAAAAUGAUCUUUUCAAGGGCAAGGGCGACAAGGAAGCCCCUGUGCAGGAUCAAAAGGGCGUGAUCGAGGGCGACGAAACGAAGGGACAUGCCGUGGUCCCUGUGGCCGGCAACGACGGAAGCGGCGGCGGCAAGAACGGUCUUAUCGCAUGUAAAAGUGUUGCAUACGCAAUCCGGAUAUGCAUUGCAAAUCUGUCUUGGUCUGGAAGAUUGCAAGAUUUGUAAUGCGCAUUGCACGUGACCCAUGAUGUCUGUGAUGCAAGGGCAGGAUCACAGAAGAUCUUCUGAGCUGUGCUUAAUGAUGCAUAUCCCGCAAGAGAAAUGCCCUCUCCACCACGACACGUAGCAACUACAAUUGGGCUGCUUUUGCAUUUGCUGCUCAAGCGAUACAGAUUUUUUGAGAAGAAUCAAAUAUCAGCAUCACAAAUUGCACUCUUCGAGACCAAGCCGCAUUUGCAUUCCAUACCAGAUUAACUCGGACUGGGUGUGGGAGGUAAGUUAUGGAACAAAAAUGUAUAUAAUCUCUAGCCAGCAGUCACUACUAUCUCUCCAGCGUCUGGUGACAUGCAUUCAUUGGAAACAACCAACUUGAUGAAAUCAAGUCAUCUUGCAUUUGCGUGUUGCGCGACCUGCGCUUCGGUUCGGGGUCAGAAUCCUUCCCCCGUGUCCAAUGCUUUUACAGCGGAUCAGCAUGCCGGACGAAGGGGUUCCUCCAGUCGAUGAGAACAUCCAGCGCAAUCCUUGGACACCGAAGAAGGAAAAGGCGCCGAAGGACUAUGAUCAUGCCGCGGCCCAUACGCAAGGCAAUCGUGUCACUGCCAGGGAAGGGACAGUUGCUCUUUUCAUCUUCUUUUUGUUUGUCCUACAUUGGAUCGGCCGUGAGGAAAAUGAGGCAAAGACUGUAGGCAGCCUCAACUCCCACAGCAGCGCUUUAGGCGGAUGAUUGCAACGCAUGAUCGAUCCAUAUCAAGUUCAAAUAUGUCUGGGUCUGGAUUAGUGUGAGGUUUGUCAUGCUUGGCAAACAAGAUUCUCAAGUCUGUCAUGCGCGUGACUCGACUGGCCCAUUUUUCUGUCAGGCAGGAACGCAGUUUGUCAUGCAGAAUUGGCAACAUCUAGGAGUUCCGAAAUUGUCAUGCUGAAGCUGAGCUACCUCUUGUGGACUCCUCAUGUUGAUGCGCCUCUCACCGUGCAAAUUUCCAGACCGAGACAUAUUUGCAAUGCAUAAUCCGAAAGCAAAAGCAACUUUCCGAGGGUUGUCCGGCUUCCGCGACAGUAACACGACUAUUUGCCUGCUCCAUAGUAUCGCAAGAAAAAACUGUUUCACUGUAUCUGUAAACUUGUGAUGCAUAGACAUAGAAUGCUUUCGCGACGCGUUUGUCUUGCUACAUCACAUGCAUGCAACACAGACGCAUUUGUUUGGGUUUAUCAACGUGUUUUCCCUACUUAGCACGUACGCAUGGCAAGUUUUUUUUGUUGGGUGUCACGAAUUUGUAAUGCAAAAUUUGCAAAAUCCUCACAGUGAAACACUUUUUUUCUCACGAUACACAGCUUUGAAAUACGGUAAGUGUUUGCUUUUGUGGACUUUGGUAAAAGCGCACCGCUCUCUGGCUCUCUGUCUUGUUGUGCAGCACUUUUCAAAAGUAGCAUGCUAGUAUGACUAGGGGUAGUAGCUACAGCACCACGCCAAGGAGAACAUACGGCUUUAAUAGCGGUAGUCCCACGCCCAGUGAGGACGUUACGCUACGCAGUUAUGCCGGCUCAGCAUGAGAAGAUUCACCCACAUCGUGCAUGAAUGUCUCCUGACCCUUCGUCAGUCACCGCAUAACAAAAAAAUUGUCUACCAGCCAAGACCGAUUACCUGUACAUAUCCUGAUGAGCAUGACACUUCUCUCUCACCUCACCAAUUUGACAUGACAACGACCCCAGCAGCCUGUGCCGAAUUGUUUUUCGCGAGGACCGGUCGCUAUCGCGAAGGGACAGACCAGGGUUUGCAGUUCGGGCCGAACUGCAAACCCUGGUCUGUCGGUGGACAUGGUGUUGAAAAAAAUGGUGUAUAGGAUGUACCAGUGCACAGUACUAAUUGUGGGUUCUACGAGUAGUAUUCGAACAUUGCCUGGCACCAUAGAGUAUCAAGGGCAAAUAUGUCUGGGUCUGGAAAAGUGCAAGAUUUCUCGUCAAGUUCGACUAGCGAGGCGCUCAAGUCUGUCAUGCACGUUAACGAAAAGUCCCACUUUUCUGUGAUGCAGAAACGCAGUUUGUCAUGCAGAACAGACAAGUACAAGACCUAAAACCUCAGAAACUUGUCAUGCUGAGCCAUCGCUUGUGGCGCUGUCAUGCUACGCCACCCAGCAUUACAAAUUGAAACUUCCGGACCCACACACAUUUGCAAUCCAUAUCGAGGUGGGAAGAUGCUGUCUUUGAAGAUGAUACCAGGCUACCGACUACGCCACCCGGUGGACUUUAUCAAGUCGCAAAAGGCCUGCAUCUUUUACCUGCAUUACAGAAUGUGUAUUUUUUUGCAGAGGCAAAAGUGGCAGCGAAUGAUUUGAGAUUUCCACCAUCAUGUUGUUUGCAUGAUCAGAAAAACUGGACGACCUCAAAGACGCGAUCGCAUUUUUUGCACGACGGUACCGGGCGACCAUUCCCCGGUAAUCAUUUUCUGUUGUGCGCGUCCAUGUCCUGCCGUUUCUACGUAUCCAACUUUGCGUUCCUUAGCAGGAGAAAGCUGGUCCGUUUCGGCUUAAUAAGCGAAGGCCCAGGUUUACGCCAAGUACCACUGACCACCUGGUUCUCGAGCUAGUUGCCCAGGCGGGAGCGAAAUCGCUAGCAUGCACUAUCAGUAUUCGUUUCUGUGAUAUCUUUGGACCAGAUGUUCCGGACACUGCCAGGUCGCGCGACCACGUAUUGCAUGAUAAUGCUUGAUUUUCUUAGCGCCUGGCGCCCAUUGCUGUGCAGGGUGGUCAGUACAAAGAGCAGACCCAAAUUAUCGCACCACGAAACACAUCUGUACUAAUAUGACCGACUGUAGAAAACGAGGACACUUUCGGUCAUCAACAUGCAUUUUUUAGGAAAGCUAGACCGAGAAUCUGGUUCCUUCUUUGGAUACGGCCCGGAACGAACUCGAGAUCCACGAUGACCAAGGCACCACCCCACGCCGGUCGAAGAAAAACGACGCCCGGAAGGUAAUCGUCAUCGCACAGAACGCCAGCGGGAAACCGCACGAGCUAUGCUCUGAAGAAAUCACAACUACACACGUGCCAGAAUGUUAUGCAUUCCUCAUUUUUUUUCAUGUGAUGAACCAGGGACAGUUUUUAGCUUUUCGUGCACAUUUACUGCCCAUCACCGGUUUAAUCGAGGGCUGCUUAGCGGGUGUGUUGGUUGUGAUUGUUCUGAACUUCUAUACGCCAAGGAAUGUGACGAACACAACAACACAAACGUGAAGAUAUGGAAGGAGGACCCGGACUUCAAAGACUGGUGCAAACAGGCAAAGUAUCCAAGGGAGAAAGUACGUGCAUGCGCGCAUAACAAUCAGCAUUGCAACAACAGCAGCGGCCAUGCGACGACUCCCAGUAAACAGACUUUGCUGCGCUGCUGUUGCUGCAGAGUGGACCACGUUUAUUUGAGCAGUAUUUUUCCCUUGGAUAGCGUGGCGUUCUACCGUCCCGCUGAUGCUGCCGCGAAGAAUCCGGAGAAAAGCUAAAGUAUGAUAGAAUCGUAACGAGUGUCGAUCAAAGUGAAAUUGCAAAGAUUACUAGUAGAAUUUCAGUUUUUUGACCGCAGACUCAGAAAGAUAUAUCCUGUUAAAUGACGUGCCCAUCCAAGUUCUGUCAUGCAAAUCUUGACGCCUGAAGACAAAAUGUUCCUCAUGCGCAGCCCUAGCAUGAGAGGAAUUUUCUAAAUGUUCUCUGCACUAGGCAUCCGCAGACGACUAUAGAGUAACCUAAAAUUUGUCAUGCGUAGCAGCGAAAAGCUGUUGCAUGUGUAGCCCAACUUCCAUGCUGGCGAUAGGAUGGGAUCGUUAACGUUUUUCUUCAGCAUACUAAUGACCUCACAGCUUGUGCCACACAUAGAUGGUGACAUUUGAUGAAAAGCAACAGGCCCGAUUUUUCUUGUGCUAGAUUUUGCUUAAGUAUUGUUUCCUGUUCCUGAUAACACGUAUGAUUUUUUCUUUCUUAACGACUUUUUUUUUCACUCACUGGGCACAUUAGUGUAAAUCUGACGUAGUAGGCUUCUUGAUCUUACUGCGCAGGAUUUCAAACUGCAAAACCCCUUUUUCUGUAGAUUGAUGGGAAAUUCUUUUUUCUCCAGGACAAUUUGUGUUUUCUUUUUUAUAAAAGGGUUAGGUCCUGCUGUUAUCGGCGCAAAUUUUUUCAGACACUGUCGGGCAUGCACAUCACGCGAACGGGAAGAAUGGUUUUGCCUGUGCACAGGAAAAGCUGUUCCCCCUUUUCCUAGUCGGAGUCGAAAGAAGCUGCUUUAUUGACACUUCAAGACAGUGCAAGCCGACGCGACUCUAAGCUGCGGAGGUUGGUUGUAGGACGUAUCAGAAGUAUUGGAAGAUAAAGCAUUUCUCGAAAAUGCGUUCGGCAAUGAUUUCUCUGGUAGGGUCCGAACCAAUCUAGUUGUGCUGGAUAAAAAACUGCCUCCGGAAGUGUCCACGAAGUUCACGUCAGUAGCUGAUAAAUGAUGGCAUCGUCGCUGGUCACCGGGCCUUUUGUUCUGUCUCUAUAAUAUAGCAAAGAACUAGAACGCGCAGCCCAAAUUACAUGUACGAGGCCAGCAUGCGGCGCAUUACAAGAUGCAGUAGGUCUUUGUCUUUAUUUAAAAGCUUGUAGCAGAAACAGCGCCACUUCAAACCUUGACACAGCAGGAAGUGGCAGCAACAAGAACACAAGAUCAAGAUGCUAGCGCCAUUUACAUUUUAGUGUUGGUUUUACGUAAAUUGUAUUUAUUUUUUAAAACUGGUGACAGCCUACGAUUUACAGAAAACCCUAACAACCAAUGAGUCCCGGCGCCACGAUCUUAGCGGCCGCAUCCGAGCAUGCGAAGAUGCACCGAAUUUGUUGUCUUCUACUUUUCUAAUGUAAAGGGUUUCUUGUAUGUUAUUCCUACGUAGAAUUGAGAGACAGCUUCGCGGAAGUAGAAUUAACGGCGCCAUCGAUGACAAACCGAGAUUUUGCAAAAGGCUUUGCUGUUCGGCUUGAAUGUAAGUGAGCACAGAGCUAAAGAUCUUGUCCGCUGGAAGGACAACGAAGCAAAAUGUGCCCUAUUCUUUGAUAGAAUACGCGUUCAGCUUUGAGAUGGUUCGCACAGUCGCAAAUAUACUGCUCGCAAGAUGAAGUAAGACGUAGUUGAUGGUAGACUUAAUUUGGGUUUUUUGAAAUGAGGCUGAAGAAAAGCGGUCCUCGUCGUCACGAU